UCUUACUCUAUCACUCGUUAGUCCUUACCCCUGCGUCAAUCUUCACUCCUCACUCACUACCGACUCCGCCGCAUACUUCGUUGUCGGGCAGCUGUUAUCCGUCGUAUUCACCGGCGGAGCAACCACUGAAUCCAUCCUCCGCUUUAGCUCCUUCCAGAUAUUUCAGCAUCAAAUAUUGUCAAGUUCUUCACUUAACUGAAGUUUCCAUCGAAAAAGCCAAGAUGUCGAGGAAGGGUUUGAUGGAACAGGACCUGAGUAAGUUGGACGUGACAAAAUUGCAUCCACUUUCUCCGGAAGUCAUAUCUCGGCAGGCUACAAUUAAUAUUGGCACCAUAGGGCAUGUGGCACAUGGCAAAUCAACUGUUGUGAAAGCAAUAUCAGGUGUUCAGACCGUGCGUUUUAAAAAUGAGUUGGAGAGAAACAUCACAAUCAAGCUUGGCUAUGCAAAUGCAAAGAUAUAUAAGUGUGAAGAUGAUAGGUGUCCAAGGCCUAUGUGCUACAAGGCUUAUGGAAGUGGAAAGGAAGAUAGUCCAAUGUGUGAUGUGCCAGGGUUUGAAAACUCCAAGAUGAAGUUGCUGAGACAUGUUUCUUUUGUGGAUUGCCCAGGACAUGAUAUUCUUAUGGCCACAAUGCUUAAUGGAGCUGCAAUCAUGGAUGGAGCUUUACUACUCAUAGCUGCUAAUGAGAGUUGCCCGCAACCACAAACCUCUGAACAUUUAGCUGCUGUGGAAAUUAUGCGUCUACAGCACAUAAUAAUUCUUCAGAACAAGGUUGAUCUGAUUCAAGAGAAUGUGGCAAUGAAUCAGCAUGAUACAAUUAAAAAGUUCAUUGAAGGAACUGUAGCUGAUAGUGCACCAGUGGUACCUAUUUCAGCACAACUGAAGUAUAAUAUUGAUGUUGUGUGUGAGUAUAUUGUGAAAAAGAUCCCAAUCCCAGAAAGGAAUUUUACUUCUCCACCCAAUAUGAUUGUUAUUCGGUCAUUUGACGUUAAUAAACCUGGGUUCGAGGUUGACGAAAUAAAAGGAGGUGUAGCUGGUGGAAGUAUCCUGAGGGGCGUUUUGAGGGUCAACCAAUUCAUUGAAGUUCGACCUGGGAUAGUUGUGAAAGAUGAGAGUGGAAAUAUCAGAUGCACACCCAUAUACUCUAGAAUAGUUUCAUUAUUUGCCGAGCAAAAUGAGCUUCAAUUUGCUGUGCCAGGAGGUUUAAUUGGUGUUGGAACAACAAUGGAUCCCACUUUGACCCGUGCUGACAGGUUGGUCGGGCAAGUUCUAGGAGAGGUUGGAUCACUGCCGGAGGUCUUUGUUGAACUUGAGGUAAAUUUCUUCUUGCUUCGACGGCUUCUUGGUGUUCGAACCAAGGGCUCAGAGAGACAGGGAAAGGUAUCUAAGCUGGCUAAAGCAGAGAUGCUAAUGUUGAACAUAGGAUCAAUGUCGACGGGUGCGAGAGUUGUUGCCGUGAAGAAUGAUCUGGCGAAGUUGCAACUUACCUCCCCUGUGUGCACUAACAAGGGUGAGAAGAUCGCACUUAGCCGACGUGUUGAGAAGCAUUGGCGUCUAAUCGGGUGGGGUCAAAUCCAAGCGGGAAUCACUCUUGACGUCCCUGCCGCCCCAACUGAGUUGAAGUGAGACAUGUGUACAAGAGACAGGUUACUAGACACACCUUGUUAUAAAAACUUGAGAGGAAUUUAGAUAUGUGCGAAGGAAUACACUUGUUAGGAACCAUUUUUUUUGGAGGUGGAAAAGAAUUGGAUUGUCAAUUUUUGUUUCUUUCUGCAUUUUUUUUGUUCUCUCUUGUCUUGUACCUAUUAUUGAAGUUGUAUCUCAUUUUCUGGUUGAGUCUAAGACUAUUGGAUAAUGGACGGAGAAACAUGAAAUAGUUCCAUGAUUAAUUAUUUAUAUUAAUUAGAAUGAUUUGAUCAUUUUUA